UUCGGCAGGCUGUGCGGUGGGGUGGCGAUCGCCGCGGCUGGACGCCCGGUGCCGGGUCUCAGCGCAGAAUCGCUCCCGCCAGCGUCCAACCCCCGGCACAGCUGCAGGAUUUCACGCUGUGGCCCCGGCCGUUCCGAGAUGAGUGAGGGUCACCCCGGGCUUCUUCUCCCCCGUACGGCUCUCUUCCGAAUUUCCUGCGAUCGUUCCAGCCUGCGGUGGACUCCUCAGCUCCUGGCACCCUUGGCAAGCGGGCACGUUACUUCCCUACUCACAAGCGUGAAGCAGCAGGCGUGCGGACUGGGAGAUGGCUGUGCUGCACGGCCCCUUGGGAACUUAUGGUCGAGGAAAUGUGUGGUCACAUUUGCAGUUCCUAUCAAGCAAAGGAACCAGAACCUUAUGCUGAACAGUGUCCGGUGACUGGGCAACACUGCAUGUCGCCCCGUCCCCUUUGAGUUUCCAGGGCUCCUUCCUUCCGCCAGCCUUUUUCCUCCCCGACCUUUGGGAAGCCUCGUAGGAGGGUCCUGGCCGGCUCCGCAGCACCAGGACCCGGCUGCUUUCUGCAGGACCAGCCAUGCUGUGCUGCUCUGCCUCCCACCUGGAGGGAUGGACCCUUUCAUGGCUGCAGCCAGCUCUCAGCAGUCCCACCUACAACCAAAGGGAACAAUGAGGAAGGCGUCCAGAGCAGAGACACUGGCUUCUUUUGUGCCUUCCCCAGUCCAGCGCCUUUUAUGAAGUGGUAUCCUCCACCUCACCCUGAGCUCCUUCAGGGUCAGCGAUUCUGGGGUGCAGUCUCUAGGCCUUUCUUCAGUCUCCUGAGGGGCGCCCGCACCCCAGCCCCUCCACCAUCACCCUGAUACAGAUUGAGCUAGUUCCUUUUUUUGGUGCCUUCACGCAUCAGGGCUGGGGGAGAGAGUGGCAGCCGCCAGGGCUGUGUGAGGUGACAAGGCUUCAGGUUGGACUUGAAUUUCUUGCAUCUAGGCUAAUUGGUGUGGUGAUGCAUCCGCCUUCAGAAGUUAUAGUGUGGCUCACCCAAGGGCCCUGUGUCUGUUGCCAGGGGUGGAAGAGAGGAGAGCUCUUCUCAGCAGGGUGCAGCCUCUCCCACUGUCCCCUGAGCCUGAGCCUUCUUGCCUCUCCCUGCUCUAUGGCGGCUCUCAUGGACCUCUCUUUUAUGUAUCGCUGGUUCAAGAACCGCAAUCUGGUCUCCAACCUCCCAGACAAGUACGUCUUCAUCACGGGCUGCGACUCAGGCUUCGGGAACCUGCUGGCCAGGCAGCUGGUGGAUCGGGGCAUGCGGGUGCUGGCUACUUGCUUCACGGAGGAGGGGGCCCAGAAGCUUCAGCAGGAUACAUCCUACCGACUGCAGACCACACUACUGGAUGUCACCAAGACUGAGAGCAUCCAGGCGGUGGCCCAGUGGGUGAGGGACCAAGUGGGCGAGCAAGGCCUCUGGGCCCUGGUGAACAACGCUGGUGUGGGCCUGCCCAGUGGUCCCAAUGAAUGGCUGACCAAGGAGGACUUUGUGAAGGUGAUCAAUGUGAACCUGGUGGGACUGAUCGAAGUGACCCUCCACAUGCUGCCCAUGGUUAAGAAAGCCCGGGGCAGGAUUGUCAACAUGUCCAGCUCUGGCGGCCGUGUGGCUGUCGUCGGUGGUGGCUACUGUGUCUCCAAGUUUGGUGUAGAGGCCUUCUCCGACAGCCUUAGGCGUGAGCUCCACUAUUUUGGGGUGAAAGUCAGCAUCAUUGAGCCAGGGAACUACCGGACAUCCAUUCUGGGCAAGGAGGGUAUGGAGACGCGCAUGCGGAAGCUGUGGGAGCGGCUGCCGCAGGAGACCCGGGAUAGCUACGGGGAGGAGUACUUCCACAUCUAUACUUACAACUUAAAAAACACCAUGCAGUUGGCAGAGCCGAGGAUCCGUGAUGUCACCAACAGCAUGGAGCAUGCCAUUGUUUCCCGCAGCCCCCGAAUCCGCUACAACCCUGGCCUGGAUGCUAAACUCCUCUACAUUCCAUUGGCUAAGUUGCCCACUCGUGUGACAGAUUUCAUCCUGAGCCGGUUCCUUCCAAGGCCAGCAGACAGUAUCUGAGCUGCAGAAGUCCAAGGGGUGGUCAGUGGAGUAUAGUAGAGGGGCAUGGGAGAAGGGACUGAGGGGUCACAGAGGUGGUGUCAGACAUUCUGGGGGGUACUUUACUUGGCUGACACCCAAGCCUGGUGAAUUUAUGGGUAACUUCUAACAGAAGACAAGUGCCUCUUCCCAGUCACGGAGGCCCCACAGAAACCUGAGGUGGCCUUUACUUUGCAGCAGGGCCCCAUGAACACCUGAACCUAUCCAGGGUAUGGCUUUUUCUGGACCUGGAAAAGUCAGGAGAAGAAAACCAGCCCCUGCUGAAUCAUGAGCCUCUGUUAUUACCACCACUGGGAAAUACUGUGGGAUAAUCUAGCCCACAGAAGCAUCUCAACCACUCUCCUAUUGGGUCUCUAAAUAUCCAUUAACCUCAUUCAGAUAAUCCAUUAUUUGAAGUAUGUAGUAAGGCAGACAGGGAGUGCAAGAUCAUAUCAGACAAAAGUUUAUAUGUGUUCCCUGUCUUUAGAUUUCUCUAUUUAGAGGUGAUUGGGAGCCACAUGGAAUAACAUCAUUUGUUUAAUCUUCAUUGACUGUUUUUUCAAAUAUUUAUUGAUCAGCUAUGACAUACCAGGCACUGUGUAGGUGCUGGAAGGAUAUAAAGAUGAUUAAAUCAUGGUCUUGGUUUUUUUAAUUGUUUAUUUUGUUAUUUUGUUGCUUAGCACAAUACCUAGUAGCAGAGAGAGCACAAACAGGAAUAGAAAAACAGAAGUGAGAUAAUCAAAUAUUUAGAGCUAUGAGGAACCCUAGAGCUCAUCUAGUCCAGUAGUUCCCAAACUUGGCUGUACAUCAUAAUCACCUGGUUAAUAAAAAAUACAGAUCCCUGGGCCUCCAUGUUAGAAAAUAUGAUUCAGUAGGCUUGGGGUGUGGCCUAGAAAUCUGUAUUUGUAACAAGACCCUAGAUAAUAGGUUGGGAACCACUGAUAGUUCUACAGAAGUAACUAAAGCUCAGAGGAGGAAGUAACCUACCCAAGGCCUCCCAGCAUGGUAGCCAAGAUAGAACCUAGGUGUUCAGAUUCCCUAGUUAUAGGAGAAUAAAUUUCUGGAAUUAGCAACACUAUCAAAUAAGUCAUGGAACUAAAUAAAUAAAUAAAAAGCCUUCAACUUCUGAGCCAUAUGAAGUUCUCUUGAAAGACUUUUUUGAUCUUGAGGAAUGGUCAUAUAAUAAAGGUCAAAUGUGAAUUUUUUAAUUAAAAUGUCUUUACUUUGUGUCUCUU